UACUAACAAUAGCAAGCCCUCCCUCAGACGGUAGUGUCAUGAAGCUCUCAAAAGUAUCAACGUUCGUGGUGCUCGCCGCGCUGGCGAUGGCGCGUGAGGCGCUCAGCCAAACGACGCCCGAGGCUGACGCCGAUCAGAUCACGGCGCUGCCAGGGCUGGACGCGUCUGCUACGUACAAGCAGUACAGCGGUUAUCUGGACGGUGGUGACGGCAACAUGUUGCAUUACUGGUUCAUCGAGUCGCAGAACAACCCCGCGACCGACCCUCUUCUGCUUUGGCUGAACGGCGGCCCCGGCUGCUCUUCACUCGACGGCCUCCUCACCGAGCUCGGGCCUUUCACCGUCAAUGACGACGCGGCUACGCUCACCCAAAACCCCUUCUCAUGGAACACGUUCGCCAAUGUGAUCUACUUGGAAGCUCCUGCUUGCGUUGGCUAUUCAUAUAACGUGGAUGGAAAUUGUGCCGCUUCGGACGAUUCUACUUCACUGCACAACUACAACGCUCUACUGCAAUUCUUUGAACGGUUUCCGUCGUACAAAUCAAACGCGUUCUUCGUGACCGGUGAGAGUUACGGAGGCAUCUACGUACCCACCUUGUCUGUGCGCAUUGUUGAUAACAAUGACACCAACCCCAUCAACUUCCAAGGCUUUGCGGUUGGCAACGGACUCUCAAGUUACCCCAUGAACGACAACAGCCUCGUCUUCUUUGCUAACUACCACGGACUUGUAGGAAAAGAGACAUGGGAUGCAACGGUGACGGAGUGCUGCGCGGGCGCCGUGCCCAGUCAGGACGCCUGCAACUUCUACGCCGACCACAGCGCACAGUGCGAGUUGCAGGUGGACAAGAUAUUUUUGGCGGUGUACAAUCGAGGGUUGAACACUUACAGUCUUUAUGGGGACUGUCAGACCGCCGUUCGCACGGCAGGUUCGCAGUUGACUCCCAUGGAUGUUGCCAAGAGCAAUCUCUUCCGGACCCAUGAUCGUUUGAGGAAUCGUGACGCUAAGUCCGACCCUCCAUGCCUUGACUACACCGUCGAGCGAACCUACAUGAACUCCGCUGCUGUGAGGGACGCUCUGCACAUCCCAGCCUCUGUGGACCAAGUCUGGGAAGUCUGCAGUGACCAGGUGGGCAGGCUAUACUCCCGACAGUAUGAGGACAUGAAGGCACAGUACUUGCGGUUGUCUGCUGCUGGUGUUCGUGGUCUCGUCUACAAUGGAGACUGGGACAUGGCCUGCAACUUCAUCGGGGACCAGUGGUUCGUCGACGACUUAGGGUACCAGGUACUCGAAGACCACCGUGAGUGGUACUCGGGUCCACAAGUGGGCGGGUUCGUGAAGCGGUUCGAGCUGCUAGACUACCUGACGGUUCGCGGUGCGGGCCACAUGGUUCCUGAAGACAAGCCCAGCGUCGCGUUGGACAUGAUCCGCGCCUUCGUCUUCAACACCAACUACCCUGCGUGAAUCAAUGAAGAGCGCCAGUAAAUAAUCUUACAAUUAAAGGUUUUCUUAAUAUCCGUUGAAUGAGCACAAAAAUAAAACAAGUUGUUUAUUAAAA